GGGCAGCGCCAGUCGCUGUCGGGACACGGCCCCGUUUAAGAUGGCUUCCACGAUAGGACACUGCUCGAAUUUUCGAUGCCCGUCCUUGCUUUUCCCGUUCAUUAUUAGCGUCUGUUUUUCUUUGGGUUCUUUUCGAUUCGUCUCUGGUCUCAAUCCGAUGUCGGACCUCUCUCUGCCAUCUGAAGCGAACAUUGAAAAAUUGGGACUGCAAAUAACUCAAGGAUUGGCGAACCUCAUCGAUGAAGUCAGCGGUAAGAUUGAGCUGGCCAAAAAGUACAACAACGAGAACGCAUUCUUUCUGGAGCCUGUACAUGGAGAGGAUGUGCUGGAGGAAGCCAUUGAAAAACUCGAACCCAUGUUCCAGCGAAGAAUUCGCGCUGUCGAGGACAUUGCCGCUAGAGCCGAAGAAUUGGCAUUGGCACACGAAUACGAGGAGCAGCCGCAAUCGAAUCAAGUGCAUUUUAUUAACGGCAAGGAAUGGGACGAUCCUGCUUUGAACGAAUCUACUGCGACCAGUUCACAGUUUGGUCAAUCUCUCUUUGUUAACACGAAUUCAUCAGCUGUUCAUCUACCACUUCAUACCUAUGAAGGCUGGAUGUGGCAUCGAUUCAAACCCAUCUGGUAUGAGGAUGUGGAAACGAUCAACGCAAUGAUGUGGAGCGAUCGGUUGGAUGACAUUUUCGCUGAGAAUCUCAAACGUGAUCCUACAAUCUAUCAGUAUUUCGCAAGUAAAGAAGGCGUGCUACGCUACUUUCCUGCUCAUAGGUGGCGGACAAAUGUUAAUCAACACGACACUUUCGAUGCUCGCCAUCGCCCGUGGUUUACCCAAAGUAUAUCAUCUCCUAAGGAUCUCUUAAUCUUAAUAGACGUGAGUGGCAGUAUUCACGGCCCUACAUUUGAAAUUCUCAAAAUCACAGUGAAACGUUUACUUGGCACUCUUACUCAGCACGACUAUUUUAAUGUUCUCCAGUUUAACGAAACAGUGUCUUGGCUUCUGCCGUGUUCCGAUUCAUUAAUGUCGGCCACCACUCGAAAUAAGCGACUGAUCUACCAGGCGCUAGACCAUAUUGUACCACUGGGCAAAGCAAGCUUUGCCAAUGCUCUCAAUUUCACAUAUCACUACAUUCUCGAGUUGGAAGAGGCUAGGAAUAGCAAACUAACAACUGGCUCUGAAAGCAGUAAUUGCCAUCUGGCCGUUGUACUGAUAAGCGAUGGCGGCACGGAGUUUCCGGCGGACCAGGUCGAAAUGAUCACCAAUAACUCAGUGACAAGACAAACACGAUUAUUUACGCUUGCCGUGGGACCGCAUCCGAUUCCGACACUUAACCUCCGAAACAUUUCUUGUUCAACCAACGCCUUUCACGGAGCCAUUUUAACUUACGGCGCCAUCCAAAGUAAAGUUCAGGGCUAUCUGCAAGUUCUUAGCCGCCCAUUGGCUCUAUCUCAAGACAGCUCACUCAUCGACUGGAGUCUACCUUAUCAGGACGCCGCAGGUUCUGGAACAGUCGUAACGGUCUCCAAACCAGUUUUCCAACGAGGUGAAAAUCUCAGCCAGUCACUCCUGGGUGUGGCUGGAGUAGACAUACCAAUAUCUACCUUUGAUCACGCAUUACCCGACUCGCAACUGGGAUUUGGAGGCCACAAAAUGGUUGUCAUGGGCGGUACGGGUAACGUUGUACUGCAUUCAAAUCUGGAAACGCAGAAUUCUUACGUCGAGGAUCCACCGAUGGUAGAUUACGAAGACUUGGAGCCUAUGGGAAACUGGUCUGAUUCACUCCGCGAGCAACUGAUCGAUAGAAAGACCGGAUCGCAAAAUUAUGAUUCAAUCGUAUUGACGCCUGACGACGCCUAUCUUAUUGAGCAGCGGCGGACCUGGUACUUCCGGCCAAUAUCCAAGACUGCUUACACAUUGGCGGUGUCGAUCAAUGACGGAGCUAACAUAAUCGUUCCCAAUCUUGAACUCCAGGGUAAAGUGUCGUGGAACAAUCAAACGAUUACCAGAGCCGCUCCCUGGGAAUUCUGUACCAACCUGCGCCCAUACACCAAUUAUUCAAAUCAGCGAGAAACAGCAGAUUACUUUAGCCAGUUGAGUCAGCGUUUUGAGCGUGGCGGCGAAGGCUGUGACCAAUCGGCGUUGAGUCAUUUAUUGUGGGAUUUAGAGAUGACGAUGAACGUGUCUCAAAUGUGGACAACUCCGUCAGAUCGACGAGUUCAUUCACGUUUUGUGUCUACAACUGGCGGUGUCACACGAAUGGAAUCUAGAACUCGAGCUUACCUCCAAGAAGAUUUAACCGAUCCGCGUAACAGCUCCCUAUUUCUUCGGUUAGCUCAUUCACCACAGGCUUCCAUCUUAAUUCGUCCCCCUUUGAGUCGCAGUGAAGAUUAUCUGGUAGCCUCAAAAAUAUCGUCCAAGGAGCAAUUCCUGGCGGUAGCGGGGGCUCUUGUCGGUAAAGAGACACUCCUGUCCAUCUGGAGAAACGCGGUUGAAGCUUUCAACGUCAGUGACCACAUGCAACUUUAUUGGUUGGACGAAGGCGGAUACGUCAUAGCUUCUAAUCAAAUCAAUAUUUCUCCAGGGAGCUUCAUCGGUUCCAAAAAUGUUGAUCCUCAGUUGAUGCAAAGCUUGACGCUGGGUUCGGAUCCGCUGUACGAACGAAUUACCAUCGUGAAGAGGGCCGUGAAUUGUCCCAUAUUCGUCAAAUCUGUUCCAAUUUCUUCCGCUUCGAUUUUCGGUGCCAGGUGGUUGUCGAAUUUGAGCACCACUCUGUUUGGAAUUUCUCAAAUCCUGUACGCCUUGGUAGCCAGUCUAUUAUGGACUGGGAAAGCGUCCGCAACAUUCCAAGCCGAAAUGGAGUUGGACAAACUUAGACCAGCUCGAGUAGACUCCCAUCUGUGCUCGAAGGAAUAUGUUCUUUAUCAGCUGAGAGCGGCACAGCAAAAGCUACAUAAUAUCCCAUGUUCUACGUUUUGCGCGGGACAAAACAGCACGACCCGAGAUAUCCUAAUCCAACCGAUGGUUGAAAGUAGUUCCGUAAUUAUUGCUGCUACAGCCCCGUGUCGCUGCAGUUCUCCAGUUAUCCGGCAUGGCUUGAUUCACGUGGAAAAUGAGAUGGAGCAGUGCCAGGUCCACCGAAAAUAUCGCAAGUCAUCAGAGCACUGUUACGCCAGUGAUCCACGGGAAAACUCGUUGGAAUGUUCUGGCCGUUCUUUGUACAACACAGCACUGAUGUUCCCCACGUUGGUUUUCAUCUUUUUAGUCGUCUGGAUUAUUCGCUGAGAAAAUCGCGCUUAUUAUCUCUAUCCUAUAUGAACCUAGUGUGCCGGAGUCCUUAUUAUUUAAUCGAUUUACACGCUAUCCAUGGAUUAUAAUUACAAUUUUUGUAAGUCGAAGCUAAAGAGAGAGAGAAAGAAAGGUGCGCCUUAUAUUUAUCUCGAAAAUUUGGGGGUUGUCGGGACAGUAUAUAUAGCAUCCAGCUAUUUUCGGAAGUGCAAUAUUUCCCCCCACCUUCUUUCCAAUUGAAUGAAACUGAGAUAUAUUUAAAAACUUUUAAUUUCUAGUCAUUUGUUAGAUUUCUAGACAAAUAAAUCUACUCAAUACUGAGUUACUGACUCUCA